UAUAUAAUAGAUAUAGAAGAAUUGAAGAGUCAGGCAAGUUCAAUAUUUUCCAUCAAAAUAUGUUCCUUUUUGAAGGAUAUUUGGAGUAUGCAUCAUGAUUUUAUUCAAAAUGUGAGUGGAAGCAAAUAUACGCAGAAUUUAAAUGUUUUUGAACAGGGUAAGUUUUUUACCGAUCCUAAUAUGAAUGAGUAUAAAAACAUAUCUAUGAAACUUUUUCGAAAUUUGUUGUUAUUAGCUGAGCGCAAUUAUAAAGGUGAAAACUUUUUUAAAUAUUGUGAUAUAUUAUACAUUUGGAUAUAUUAUGAAAUAAAGAAAAGGGGUCUUACUAAUUCUAUUAUUGAAGCAUCUUUUAAAGAGUUAGUUAAAUAUAUAACGGAAAACCUUAAAAAACUAUCUUGUCCUUAUUUCUCAUUUCAUGAAAAAAUUCAGAAACCGGAAAAAUUAAUAAAAUUACGCUUAUUCCAAUAUAAUACAUCUACUUUUCAAAAUAUAUUGAAUGAUAUACAUGAGCCAAGCAACUGUUGGUGUCUAGAGUAUGUCUAUGAGUGUAUUAAUAUAUAUAAAGAUAUGAAUAAGGAAUUCUGUGCAACGAAAGAAAAAAUGAUCACUUACAAGGAUACUUGUAACAUACUAGAAAAUUUUAAUACAAUUUAUUCUAAUUAUUUUCGUGAAGAAAAUAAGGUAAUUUAUGAAUUACCACUUUUAACUGAUACUACUACUGCUACUCAUACUCCCACUUUUACGCAUGUAACUAGAUGUUCAUCGAAUAAGGAGAAAUCAGAACCAUAUUCCAGUGCUGUUGAUCAAUCAAGCAGUCCUAAACAUACUAGUAUAUCCACUGCUGUUGGAACAAUGGCUGGAAUACCUCCCUUUUUAGUGCUAAUAUAUAAGGUUAUAAUAAUAUAUAGUUGA